GUAGGUUAUAACCGAUAGACAUAGUAGUUAUAAUUGAAUAGAUAAAAUGCCCUUGUAUAGAGAAGACAACUACUUGGUGGUGCAUCCUGGGUCGCAAAGCACGAUUUUUUCUUUUGGCUUGCAAGAUUCGUUGUCUCCACCACAAUAUAAAAUUCCUUCCAAAGUUUAUUACAAUGAAGUUACCAAGGAAUUCCGGUCAAAGAAGGAAGAGUCAACCACUUCAGAUGACCUGAGUGCUGCCCAAUGGGAAGAAAUCUACCCCAUUGUCCAAGGGAAGAUUGUUCACUUGGACGCAUUCAAUUACCUUUUGAAGAUAAUCUUGCAAAGUGUAAUCACCAAGAACCCAAUCAUAACCAUCAAUCAAAUCCCACUCUUGAUCAUAUCUUCAUGUUUAACUUGGCUGCGUGCAACCACGGAAUAUGUCACCAAAUACGUUUUGGAAUCCCUCGAGUUCCCCGCCUUCAAUGUGAUAGAUUUACUGUUGGCCGCCAACUUUGGAUUGGGAGUUUCUCUGCUGUCUUGUGUGGUCAACAUUGGUCAAGAUAAUGUACAAAUUAUGCCAGUUAUCAAUUAUCAAUCAAUUAAAUUUGCUGGGAAAUAUUUACCAGGAAUUGGAGGUCAACUCAUUAAUAAUGAAUUGAAGAAAAACUUACCCUCGUUAAGUGAUGAACAAAUUGAAGAAUUAAAGAAAUCUGGGAUCUAUGAAGUAGUUAUUAAUGAUAAUUCAUCCUUUUAUUCUAUGGCUGAUUUAAAAUCAUCUCGUGGUGGGAAAGAUGAUGAGGCUGAGGAGGAAGAUGAUGAUGAUUUUGAUGUAGCUAAGUUGGUUACUGAACUGGAUAAUGGUAAGAUUGUACUUGAUGAAAAGAAAAAGGAAACUGAAGAUGAAGAAGAUUUGAAACCAAACACAGAAUUGGAAAAAAAUUUCUUUAUUGAUCCAACCACUCAAGAAAAGGUUUAUAUAGGGAAGGAAAGAUUCCAAGGAACUGAAAAACUUAUUGCCUUGAUUGCAGAUGCCAUUUAUCGUUCAUUAUCCAAAAUACCCAACUUGGAGAAGAGACAAGAAUGUUUUGAUAACUUGAUCUUUGUUGGGUCUACUUUCAAGAUCCCUGGCUUUAAGAAGGCAUUACUUAUCCAUCUUGCCACUGAAUACCUUGUGCGUGCUCCUGUGGAACACAACACCAAGAACGGUGGUGUUAGCAAUGUGAACUCGGCCAUUCUUGCGUAUCAACAAACGGGGGACGUUGCAGGAGAUUCUGAAGAAUCUACUUAUGCCUCUCUGCAAGUACCUACAUCGAUCAAAACGGUGAAAUUACCUGAAUAUUUCCCAGAAUGGAAGAAACCAAAGGAAAAGGGUGGUUCUUGGGAAGAUGUAUACUUUUUAGGAGGUGAGAUUUAUGCCAAACAGAUCUUUGGCGGUAAUUCGAAUCAAAACGGUGAAAUGUUUAUCGAUCACGAUAUUUACGAGGAGAAGGGACCACAAGGAAUAUGGGAUGUUAGUAUUUAGAAAAAGUGGUAGUCAAAAUGAAUGUACA